AGGUUAUUCAUCCACAACCUUAUAUAUAACCCCCAAAAAUCGUUAAACCCUAAAAACAACACUCUGUUGCCGCAACCCUUUCUCUCUUUCUAACACAACAAACCCUAAAAUGGUGAAGAGAAGCAAAAAGAGUAAGAGUAAGAGGGUUCCAUUGAAGAAAAAGUACAAAAUCCUAAAGAAAGUGAAAGAGCAUAACAAAAAGAAAACCAAAGAAGCUAAAAAGCUUCAAUUAAGUGGUAAGAAGAAGGUUGAGAAAGAUCCUGGUAUUCCAAAUGAUUGGCCUUUUAAGGAACAGGAAUUGAAAUUACUUGAAGCUCGUAGAGAACGUGCUCUUGCUGAAUUGGCAAAAAAGAAAGAUGAACGCAAAGAAAGGGCUCGUAAAAGGAAAGCGGGGCUGCCAGUGGAUGAUGAUAACUCCAAUUCAGUUGAAACGGCUUCUAUAGAAAAUACCGAAAGUGUUCCCACCGUUGCGAAGACUAAUAAAGAUAGUUCAGACAGGGCCUUUGCCGGUGAUUUGGAAGCGGUUAUUGCAACUUCUGAUGUCAUACUAGAGGUCCUUGAUGCCCGGGAUCCCUUGGGUACUCGUUGUGUUAACAUCGAAAAGAGGGUGAGGGAUUCAGGAACCUAUAAACGUCAUGUAUUGCUUUUGAAUAAAAUUGAUCUUGUCCCUCGAGAGUCAGUUGAGAAGUGGCUCAAGUACCUUCGAGAAGAAUUCCCUACUGUCGCUUUCAAGUGCAGUACACAACAGCAAAAAUCUAACCUAGGGAGAUCUAAAAAAAUCAAAACAAGUAAUACUUUGCAAUUAAGUGAUUGUCUCGGAGCUGAGACACUGCUCAAACUAUUGAAGAAUUAUGCAAGAAGCGACAAGCUCAAGACGUCAAUCACUGUUGGUUUGGUUGGACUGCCCAAUGUUGGUAAGAGUAGUCUUAUUAAUAGUUUAAUGAGAAGCCAUGCUGUCCAUGUCAGUGCUUCUGCUGGGUCGACAAGGUCAAAGCAAGAGAUUCGUUUGGACAAAAAUGUUAAGUUGCUGGAUUGCCCUGGUGUUGUCAUGCUGGACUCUCGAGAAAAUGAUGCUACUAUUGCAUUAAAAAAUUGCAAGAGAAUUGAGAAGUUAGCUGAUCCAGUUAGCCCAGUGAAAGAAAUUCUCAAGCUCUGUCCCGCUAGGGUGCUGAUAUCUCUUUACAAGAUUCCAAGUUUUGAUUCAGUUGAUGACUUCCUACAGAUUGUGGCUACUGUUAGAGGCAAGCUCAAGAAGGGUGGAAUAGUUGACAUUGACGCUGCUGCAAGAAUCGUUCUUCAUGACUGGAAUAUAGGUAAAAUUCCAUAUUAUACUAUGCCCCCAGUUAGGGAUCAAGGAGAACCUUCAGAGGCCAAGAUAGUUUCACAGUUUUCUAAAGAGUUUAACAUUGAUGAGGUCUACAAUAGUGAAACUUCAUUUAUUGGGAAUCUUAAACCUACUGUUGAGUUAGAUCAUGUUGAAGUUCCUUCAAGUUGCCCUCUCAUCUUUGAUGAGACAAUGUUAGAGGAUGACAAACCAGUUGAGUUGGCAAAACAAGAUGAAGGUCCUGAGAACGUUGAUGACAAUGAUGAGGAUGAAUCUAUGGAAUGUGGUAAAGAGGAUGUUAGCAAGGAAAAGGUUAAAAGUGCAUCUAGUAAACAAAAUGAGAAGUUAUAUACAGCGGAAGGUAUACUUAAUCCAAAAUUGAGGCGAGCAGAGAAGAAGAAAAAGAAGAAGGCUAACAAAGCCAGCUCAUCUGAUCCCAUGGAUGGUGAUUAUGACUUCAAAGUUGAUUACUUCAAAAAGGACACGAUGGAUGCUGACGGGAGUGAUGGUGGUGACGACAAUGAUGUUGAUGACGAACAAGUCAACACUGAGGCUCCCAUGUCUGGUGUUGAGGUUGAUGCAUGAUUUGAACUUCACAUUUGUUUUUCAAUAUCUUAAAUUAUUGCCUUAGUUGAUGCGGGUCUUCGUAUAUACAAUUUUGCCAAUACAGAAACUAAGUUUUGAAUAGGUAAGAAACGAGGCACCCCAAGACAAUUUUUUAUUUUUAUUUUAGAUAUUUUUGACUGAGUUCACUACUGUCCCUUCAACAAUUUGGAUUAAGCAUUGUAUUUAUUUGAAGCACGCACUCGUGUUUGUUAGUUCCGGGAAAUGCCAAAAAUGCUUUAAGGCUGAGCACAGUUUAACUUCAA